AUGACAUUGAACAGCCUAGACGACAAGAAGACGUUCUGGGUCCUUGCGGCUGUCAUCCUCGGAUUCACUCUCAAGGGCCUCCUGUGGCUUGGAGUUGGUGGCGCCGUCGUGGCUGGGUGGCGACGAUGGAGGCGGGGACCGAGUGGACCAGUCCUCGUCGAAGGAUCUGGGGCUAGCGAGCGGCAGCCCUUGCUUGAUGGCGAGAGUGGGGAGCGGGGUGGUGCCGAGGGUGCGGGUGAGGGUGAGCGGAAUGCGGCACAGAGUGAUGCGGCGAACCAGGUCUGA